UUGUUAGGUGGGAGAGGUGCAGCUACUGUCCUGUUAAAUUACGGGACUCCAGAAUAGCACAGGUACGUGUUUAAAAGUACAUCUUAACAGCUUCAACAAGUCUUAGUUGUAAUACAUGAUGUCUAUCUAUUUUAAUCUUAUGAAUAGUGUUGUUCUCUAGAAAAGUAAUAUCUUUCAUUUAUAUGUAUGAUCCCAUGCAUUGUCAACAGCUGGUACAGUAAUUCGUGGAUAAAAUAAAGUCAAAAUGGCCACCAUUGUUUUAACUGGUGUGUGGUGCAGCAGUGGGUAGUGAGAUUAAGAUUAGACCAUAUUGCACAUUCUGAGCCCAAUUCUACCGACCGCCAAGCCUGGGCUACUGAAAUCAUAAAGAAUAGCUGGUCUUUACAAUUCAAUAUACAACGGUUUUACACUGAUGUCAUCGUUUUUUUUUCUGUAUAUCAGUCAAAAACCCUUUUGCAAAGCUCAGCUUUGCUCACAUUGAAGUCUGUUUUAAAACAUGCUAAACAGCAUUACAUGAAAUUCUUCUAAAAAUAUCAUAUUUCAUUGGUUUUUAAUACUAAUGCUAUUGAUUGAGGACUGUGAGAAAAAAAUUAAUUAACAAGGUGCGUUUUUAUGAACAAGUGUCUACUUAGGAAUACCAUGCAAGCAUUGAGUGAUAGCAAUAUCGGCCUACGUCUUUCGUGUCGCCUGUCAUGUUAUCAGAGAACCAUUUUGGCGAUAACACCAGAAAAGUUCGAAUGCGUGGGUUUCAGGAUCAUUGUUAUGUGUAAAUUAGAUUUUAUAUAUUCGCCUGAGUUGAAUGCCACUGUGAAUAUUGUGUUACCUUUCAUGCGUUAAAAUCCUUAACUCCAGUUCGACCACUCAUUUAUAAGAAUUAAAAAUAAAACAAACCAAAAAAAAAAAAUUAAACAAAUAAACGAACAUUCCAAGAUGUAUGCCAUGGUAACAUUGCAUCAAACUUGGGGAAACAUCCUAUGCAAACUUUUUUUAUUCUUCUUUCUCAUAUUUCUUUAAAAAGCACACAAUUAUUUUUACAAAAUUAAAAAUAUUUUUUUUUUUUAAAGUUACUUUUCUCUUUGGUGUAAUAAAAAAAAGGCAUAGUGUGAACCUCACCCCUUCUUCAUUUACGGUUAUUAUUCCCAAAAAAUUAAAAAAUAUUUUUAAAAAUUAUAAUAAUAAUAAAUAAAUUUAGACUGAUUGAUAAAGUUUUCUUCACUAUUUGUGUUAUCGUCGCAAAUAAGAACAAAUUUAGAUCUCUAUAACUAUCAAAACACUCUUACAAGCUUUUUUACGAAAUCAGUCUCUGCUCUCCGAAUCUUUUAAUAUUUUUUUUUUAAUUUUCUUGAUCCUCAGUAAUACAUUUUUUAAAUGUUUCCCAUUUAACAAGUCCAUCAACGUUAACUAGAGCUCAACAAUUUUUUUUUUUAAAAUUAUGGUAAAAUACAUAUUAAAAGGCGAACAAAUUGAACAAUACUCCAUCACUUUAGAAGCAUUUUAUCGAUAUUCAGAGUUAGACCAAUUUUUUUUUUUUUUUGCUGGGAUGUGACGAUGGGGUGGUCUUCGGAGGAAUAAACCCACAUGGCCUGGGAUUAUCUUCCAUUAGACCAGUGGCUUCAGUUUAAAUGAAACAACCCCAUAAAACAAAGGGGGUGUUUUUUGUUGUUGUAAAAGUCCUUUUAUUAAAAUGUAAUAUCCAGGAAUGAACAUUUGACACCACAUGCAUACAAGUAACGCACUUGAAUAAGAAUCUCAAAUAAUAAUGCUCUCCCCCUCCCCCUCCCACCCCCAGCCCCCACCCCACCCCCAACCAAGGCUCGCAAAGGCACAUUUGUUUCACACCCCUGAAUUAUUGUAAUAUUCUAAAGACCCGCCCGCUUUUACGACGCAUAUUAUUUUUCAACGACUAUUUUAGAUUUAAAAAAAAAACAUAUUUCACAGAAAAAACUUCCAAAUUUAAAAGAAAAUGAUUUAUUGCAGUCAACUGGAAUUUUAUUUCAUGAAAUCGGUGUCAUCAUAUUUCCCUCAUCCUCCCCUUGAAAAACAGGAAAAACUGAUUUGUGUGUGUGUGUGUGUGUGUGUGUGUGGAGGGGAGGGGAGGGAUAAAAGUUUGAAAGAAUAUGUUGUCAUGGGGCAAGUUUCAGUUAGAUAGGUUGACUGGGAAGAGUGUCCGUUGGCCGUCCGAAGGUUUCGGCCGACCCGCCAGAAAUAAACACACGAAUUAAAGAGAAGCUUAUCUAAAUGGAUUUAAAGAAACAAAUUUUUCACACGAAUUUCCAAUUCAAGACAGCCACUAGCUUAAAUAGUUUAAUUAAUUAAUAUACUUUAACACAUUUAAAAAAAAAAAAGAGUACAUAUUUUAUUUUUAAUGCCUGACUUAAUAUGUUUAAUAAAUUAAAGUCAUUUUUUUUUAAAGAUUAGCAUACAAACAUACAUGUUUUUCCAUUUGAUAAAAAAAAUAUUUUUUUUGGAAGUCUCUGUAAAAUUCUUUCUUUUUUUUAAACCUUCAGUUUUACAAUCAAUGAGACAGGUUGACCUAAGAUGACGGCGACCAAAAACCAGGUCAGCCUGGUGGCAUUGAAGCUCCAGGUCCUGGAAGAUGAGAGGAAACAGCUCCACGAGGCGCUCGAUGCUUACGUCAACGAGGUCAGACUUUUUUUCAAAUCUACUGGUUUUUUUUAAAGGACGCUUUUCUGGAUAUGUCAUACCUAGACUUAAAAGCGGACCUAGACUUAAAAGCGGACGUGACUUAUUACAUGUAUCAUGUAUAUAACGUUGUCUGCGAACUUCAAAAGUACUACACGGUAUAUACGCCCACUUCCAGACACUUUCUAGGUUUUGCCACAGACUGACAAUGGGCGAGAUGCUGAUAAGGUUAUUUUGUUUAAAUCAUUAAAUCCUCAUGAAAAGUAAAUUGCGUCUUUUUUUUAGCAAUUACUUUAAAAAAAAAUGUUUAAAAAAAAAAAAAAAAAGUAAUUUGUAAUAUGAAGUUAUAAGUUUGAUAACACAUUAAAUGCCUUCAGGGAUGAUGCGAAUCUACUUUUGAUAAUCUUUUUAAAUCAUUAAAUCAUCAUGAAAAGUAAAUUGCGUCUUUUUUUUAACAAUUACUUUAAAAAAAAAUGUUUAAAAAAAAAAAAAAAAGUAAUUUGUAAUAUGAAGUUAUAAGUUUGAUAACACAUUAAAUGCCUUCAGGGAUGAUGCGAAUCUACUUUUGAUAAUCUUGAAUAGCAGCUGACGUCUAUUUAAACACCAGGUUAUCUCCCUCGGGAACACGUUUGUGUCUACCGAAGCCAGUACAGGGGCCAACUUUAAGGAUGUCAGCCAGGCCAUUGAGAGAGCGCUCAUGUGUGUCAUGGAGAAGAAGCUUGAUUACAGGCGUGAGUCCUUUACACAUCAACAUGAUUUGUAGACAUGCUUGUGUUGUACUCCUUGAGGAUGACUUACUUCAUCAUAGACUUGUGUAGAUUUGAAAAAAUAACAUGCGUGUUUGAUGUAUACAUAUUUAAUUAGACAUGGAGGGGGAAAUCGAUUUUUUUUUUAAACAGAGGGUAACAUUAAAAACAAAAAACAAAAAAUGGAAAAUUUUCUCGUGUGGGCCGCAUGAUAAUUGUGUUCGAUUCUAGGGAAUCAAAUGCAAAUCUUUUGUCACUGAUCAUUGAAAAUUCAUUUUGAGAUAAGUUGGAACGUAAGCAGUCAUAUUGUUUAAAUUGAUCUGUAACUUUCUCUUAAAAUAAUGUGACAUUUAAACCUCACUAUGAUUAUUUAUUUGCCAAAUUAAAUGCUUUUUAUAGAUAAUCAUUCACAAUUUGCACAGAUUAGGAAUACACGUAUCCAUUUCCCGGAAGGUCUUGCGGGCCGAAUUGAAUAUUUCAGCUGGGCCCGUUUGACCCGCGGGCCGAAAGUUGCCGAUCACUAAUAUGGAUAAAUCGAAGCAAAACAAAAUUGUAAAAAAAAAAAAAAAUUUAUGAACGAAAACUGGAAAUUCAAUCGGAAGGAAUAGAAAAAUAGAAAUUGUAUUAGAAAUAAUAAUGUUACUUAUUACCAAUGUGUCAGUUACGUUAUUUUAAAAUAUUGGAAGGUCUUGCGGGCCGAAUUUAAUAUUUCAGCUGGGCCCGUUUGACCCGCGGGCCGAAAGUUGCCGAUCACUAAUAUGGAUAAAUCGAAACAAAAAAAAAUUGUAAAAAAAAAAAAAAAAAUUUAUGCACGAAAACUGGAAAUUCAAUCGGAAGGCAUAGAAAAAUAGAAAUUGUAUUAGAAAUAAUAAUGUUACUUAUUACCAAUGUGUCAGUUACGUUAUUUUAAAAUAUGUAUAUCUAUAUCAGCAGCUCAGAGUACGCCGCCAACUCCUGACGUCACAGUCCCGCCAUUGUCCCCAUCAGUCGCACCAUUAACAGAACAGAUGACGUCACAGCGCUCUUCAAUAUUUGCCUCAGGUAUGAUUUGUUGUUAGAUAACAUUUUAAAUAUAUAUAUAUAUUUUUUUUUUUUCAAGCGAUUUUAAUAUUCUAUGUUCAAUACAAUGCUUUUAAUCAUUGAUCAAAAAUAAAGAUUAAAUUAAGCGUAUUGUACGCUGCAACUGAUCAUAUUUAUGUGUUUUCGGUGUUGCAGACAAGGUCUUGACGUCUGUCAAAGAUUACAUGGACAUCCUAGAAACGCACGUCCGAUCCAACGCCUCCAAGACCGACGUGCUCUCGGCGAUGAUGCCACAAAUCUUGGAGGAGAUCAACGCCCUCAAGACGCAGAUGGAAGGGAUGGAGCCAUUCAAAGAAAGACUGGAGCACGUUGAUCGGAGAGUGGAGUCCAUCGAGAAAGACGACAGCGUGGCUGUGAUCAAGUCGCAGCUCUCGGCCAUCGAGGAACAAACGCUUGAGAUCGACGCCAGACUUGAGACGCUGCGAGGAGAGUUCUACGACAACAAGGCAGAGAACGCGGACAAAAUUCAGAAAGUCGAACAUCGUAUUGAGGAUUUGGAUAGCAGGGAAGUGAAAACUGUAGCAUCCGUGGCAGAUUUGGAGAGCAAGCUUUCCGCAAACACGGGAAAUAUCGGCAUCAUCGGCACACAAUUGGAGGAUAAGGCCAGAGAGGUGGACAAGAUCGAAGAGCGACUUCAGAAGUCCGAGAAGGAGUUGGUGAACAUAAAGCGGCUGAGUGAGGACAGGUAUGAAAAAGACAGCGCGACGCUAGCGGAGAUGGAAAAUCGUCUGAGGAGACAGGAGGAGAAAUGGACGGACCGGGAGAUGAAGAAUAUCAGGAAGAUAGAGGACAAGCUGCAAAGACUGGAUGCGGAGAGGAAGAAAGAUAUGUAUUUUAUGGGUGAAAAUGUAGAUAAAAUUCUUACAAAGGUAAUUUGAUUAUCACAAAAUAAUAUAUUAGAAAUACAAUGGCGUUUUGAAUUUUUUAAAUGUUUUGACACAUUUUACAAAUUAUAGUUGAAAACGAUUUAGUUGGUUGUUUGUAAUAUUUCAGGAAUUUCGGCAAGCACUUUAAACAUAGUGUAAGAAAAUACGUAUAAAUGUCCCAUUUCCUAGUGCAGCUACUUGAAGCAAGAAGAAACUAUAUUUAAUUAUAUGCAUUUGAUUCCCAUGUUUUGAAACAAGAUUUCUCUAUUUUUUUUUUAAAUUUUUUUUUAAAUUAUAUCUCGAGAUUUUAAAGAUUAGAUUACUCUUUUAAAAAAAACAACAACUAAUUCCUAUUUUGGUAAAUUAAAUUCAGAUUUAUAAAAUUAGAUUCCCAUGUCAUACGUAAAAUUACGUUCUUUUUAAAAUCCCAUUCUUAUUUCUUGAAGCAAGAUUUUUCUGUUUAAAAUAAAACUCCGAUUUUUUUUACAUUAGAUUGCCAUUUAUAACAAACUCCAAUAAAAAAGAGAAUUUAAAAAUUAGCUUUUAAAAAAAAAAUAGUUUACCAUUUUAUAAAUUAUGCUCCCAAUUUUAAAACAGAUUUACGAUUGUUUUAAAUGGAGUACCAUGUUAAUAAACAUAAGAUUUGAUUCCCAUUUAAAAAAAAAUAAUUUCCUUUUUUUAACGUAUGUUCCAUUGAAGAUGCUUCAAUUAUAAUUAAUAAUUUUUUUAAAAAUCGUAACACUAUUUUUAACAGUUGUAUACCCUUGAUGAGCAACCAAAACUGAGGGUAAGAAUAAACAUAGGUGCACAAACAUUUUAUUAUUAUUAUUUUCUUUUGGUUGAUAUUUUGAAUGUAGAUCAUGUUAAUGUACACAUGUGAUUUUUUUCCCUCAGUUGGAUGGCGUAAAGACAAAUGAGAACACAUUAGCAACAAAAAUUGAUACUCUUGGUAAGUUAUUUCUCUAGCAACAACAAAAAACGACAAUAGCUGUUUGAAAUUAGGAUUUAAGUAUGUACUUAUUUGCUUAUAUUAAAUACUCCAGACAUCAACGUCCGGGUAACUGUUUAUCUAGAUACAGAAAACUAAUUAUUUAUUAGUGAUUUACCUAUCUCGAAUAAAUAUACCCUGUCCCGUAGAUAUAACAUGUCAUUAUUGGAGAUAUACAAAGCCCCUAUAUACGAACAUGCGCUCUCCUCAGAGAAAAGACAGAAAAGACCGCUGGGGUUCACCGCCAAGUUGUCCAUCUCGUUCACCUCGCCCAUGAAGCGCUCGGUCCUCAGGGACUUCACGGACAUCGUCACCAACAGGGGCGACCACUUCCAGCCCCAGACGGGCGAGUUCACGGCCCCGGUGGAAGGCCUCUACCUCGUCUCGCUCACUCACCGCCAGUGGCAGGACGGCGAGAUCUGGCUGGUGGUCCUGCUGUCCCCGAACCCCGGCCCCGGGGGCGGGAAGGAGAAGGUCGUGUGCGAGACCCGGACCGACGUCAGCCGGACGAGCAGCACCAGCGCCAGCAUCGUGUGGAUGAACGCGGGUGACAAGAUCUGGGUCAACGUGAGGAAUGUCAAGGGCACUGACACCUGGAUAGACGCGCCCUCAAGCUUCUCUUGUUUUCUGGUCGCAUAAUGUCUGUAAAGUCACAUUUGUUUAACACAAUGUCUGUAAAGUCACAUUUGUUUAACAUAGUGUCUGUAAAGUCACAUUUGUUUAGCAUAAUGUCUGUAAAAUAACAUUUGUUUAGCAUAAUGACUGUAAAGUCACAUUUGUUCAGCAUAAUGUCUGUAAAGUCACAUUUGUUUAGCAUAAUUUCUGUAAAGUCACAUUUGUUUAGCAAAAUGUCUGUAAAGUCACAUUUGUUUAGCAUAAUGUCUCUAAACUUACAUUUGUUCAGCUUUUUUGUAAAGUCAUAUUAGUUCAGCAUAAUGUCUGUAAAGUCGCAUUUAUUCAGCAUAAUGUCUGUAAAGUCACAUAUGUUCAGCAUAAUGUCUGCAAAGUCACAUAUGCUCAGCAUAAUGUCUGUAAAGUCACAUUUGUUUAGCAUAAUUUCUUUUAAGUCACAUUUUGUUGAGCAUACUAGUUUAUUAACUUCAGAUUGAUAACUUAGGUCAUUAGGUUGAAUAUCCAUUGAACAUUUUGACAUUUUUUAGCAUUGCACAAAAGUGUGCAGAUGUUAUGGGUGGGUAUUUUUUCUUUUAAUAAUUUGUCCAUUCUAUCUGCUUUUUAAAAACGUUAAUUUUAUAUACUUUUUACUAAUUUUGACACUUCUAUUGCUGCCCACAGAUACUACUUGCCAGCUAAGUGCUAUUUCUUAUUUUUAUUUUUAUACCGUUUUCUCUGUUGUUUUGUUCGCUGACGAAGGCUUUCUGCCGACACGUUCGCUGUUUUCUUGCGUUUAUUUUUUCAGGUUUAACCCUACUCUGUUUUACUCAUUUUAAUUUUAGAUAACAUAUCUCUCUUUUAAAUGGAGUUUUUAAAAGCUUAAAGUCGCUAGCAUUGCUACAAAGAUCAUAUUAUCUUAAUUCAAAAAAAAAAAAAAAAAAAGAAUGUCUUAUUUGGUAACUCUUACAUACCGUCUUAAAAAAAGGCUUGAUUCGAUCUCAAUAAUUCUGGUCACUCAGAAGUCCGUGUAUUAUUGUGUUGUGUUAUUGUAUGUAUUUAUAUUUUUGGGGUAGCAAAACCGAAUAGCAAUGUUGUGUGCAAAAGACAGAACACGUUUCCUUACUUUGUAAAAGAAAUAUUAAUUGUUGCCACUAAUAGAAAAGGAAUGCACUUUUAGAUCCACUAUUUAACAAAUAUAUAUAUAUAUAUAUAUAUAUAAAUAGCUUGUUGGCUAAUGAGUUAGUUUUAAUAGGCAGACAUGGGUAUCACUCAAAAUGUAAUAUGUAUUUCACUAAGUCAGCCGGAAAUAACUUAGAUUACAUCCCAAAAAAGGGACGAUCAGGUCAUUAGAAUUCUGGUAUUGAUAUUGCAACAAUAUUUAGCACACAUUUCUAAUACUACGCUUUUAUCGUUGUGCUGGUUGUCGUAAUAUUCUAAAAUAGAAAUCGCAUUUUAUUUAUCAUGAAUAAAGUUAAAUUUUCAUUUAUUUCGUUUAUUAUACAGUCUAACAAAUACGAUUUUUUUUAAAGUAAUACUCAUUAUCUCAGAAUUUUCAGUUUAAUCUUUAAUCUUUGAUAUAUUUUGACAUAUAUUAUUGUAAUACAGGUUCUCCCUAAGGAUAACAUUAACGAUAUUAAUGUGAAUCACAUUCCCCCUUCAGUGGAUCACGUUUUGUAACGCACAUCUCUUGAACUCCAGAUUCCGCAGUUUCACAUUUUAGUCAAGAUAGUCUUGUAAAGACUAGGAGUGCUCUAAUUUAUUUUGAAUGUAUUUUUAGUUAAGAAACUGAUUCUGUUCACCAGUUCACAUACUCAGAAAUUAGAAUGAUUUUUUUUUUUGGAACUGGUGUAGACAUUUUCAGUUUAAAUAAAAUAUAUCAUCUAUGG